AUGGAUUACGACGAUGAUUUGAAUGCUCCAGUUUGGGAUGACCUAAAUCCCCCAAAACAAGCUUCAGUUCCAGAAUUAAGUGACACCUUUGCUGACUUGAAUACAGAUGAAGCGAACCAGGGAGAAGAAGAAGAGGAAGACGAAGGUGUUAACAGUGGCGAGGAGACUCAUACUGCUGAACAUGAGAAUUCAGACAACCUUCUGAACACACUGGCACCUCAAGAGGAUCCAUUGGUGGAUUUACAGACUGCUAACGAAGCAUCGAUUCUUUCAUCACCAACAAAAGGUGCUGACGAUCCGCUUUUCUCUGCAUCUACAUAUCAGCCAUUGGUGUUUGGCGAUACUAAUGAUCAAGACCUUUCGCAAUCGACACCUGUGCUUUCAUCAGCAGCUAGGAAAAGUGGGAAACCACGCAUGUUGUUCAAUUCGGCUAGAAUGCGUCGCCGUCCCUUGGAUAAGAAGGCUAGUAAUACUACAACUACCACCACUGUCACUAAUAAUAAUGCCAACUCUGAAGUAGCAGAUCCACUGGGUAAGAUCAAGAAAGAGACUGAAAAAAAGGUGGAUGAGGGUCCCAUAUCGGUGACUUCCAACAAUACAACAAAGAGUAAAAGUAUUAUCGAUCAGGUGGAGGAACCACUUUUCAAAGUACCAGCGAGAAGGAAUAUAAGUGAGAAUCAAUUGGAAUCAAAUGAAACCCAAGUCCAAAAGCAACAAGAACAGAACCAAGAUGAAGAGCGCGAACCGGUAAAUUUUUACAUAGAGGUCAAAGAUCCGGUUAAAGUAGGUGAAUUGACAUCGAUGCAUGUGGAAUAUACAGUGGUCGUAGAAUCAGAACUUUUGGAAACGCGAUAUGCUCAAGUAAAUAGACGAUACAGGGACUUCAGGUGGCUUUACCGUCAAUUGCAAAGUAAUCAUUGGGGUAGAAUAAUCCCACCACCACCGGAGAAACAAAGUGUUGGUAGAUUUAAGCAGGAUUUCAUUGAAAAUAGAAGAUUUCAAAUGGAAAAAAUGUUACAGAAAAUUGCUAGCAGUCCAGUUUUACAAUCUGAUUUGGAUUUUAUUUUGUUUUUAACAAGCAACAAUUUUAAUUUCGAAUCCAAACAUCGUGAGCACACGACUGGAUCCAAUGCUUCUCGUGAUAGUAACGAUCUUUCAGAAAUUCAUAUUAGUGAAAUUGAAUUGUUAGGAGCAGAGGAUGCUGCUGUUGUUUUGAAAAAUGGUGGAUUAGAUGGCGAGUCUCAAAAGAGAUUUUUAAGCCUUUCGUUUUCAUCAUUACCCAAAUAUAAUGAAACGGAUGAAUAUUUUAUCGAUCAGUAUAAGUUAACAGAAAGCUUAGAGGAACGCCUGAAACAGUUAAACAAAUCCCUAGACUUGGUGGAUUCGGAAAGGAAUGAGCUGGCCUCGGUUACAGAAGAAUUUUCAAAGACAAUAGAUUCGUUGGCCGAAUUGGAAGUUACAAGGCAAAACGUUGAAAUUUUAACCAAUUUCGCUGAUACUCAUAGGCGCAUAAGGGAAUCAUUGGAGAGAAGUUCUUUACAGGAAUCUCUUACUCUGGGGGUUACGCUCGAUGAGUACAUUAGAUCACUGGCAAGCGUAAAGGCAAUUUUCAAUCAAAGAGCUCGCUUAGGCCAUUAUUUGGUCAUUGUAGAGACUGAUUUUGCCAAAAAACAAUCGCUCUUGGAAAAGUUACCACAAAACUCCACUUCCCAAAGUAAUAUCGAUAAGAUCAACAGUGCUAAAAGGGAAUAUCAAACUCUACAGAGAAGAUGCAAAUCUGUAAAAAAAAGAUGGCAAGAAGUGGGUGAUUGUAUCAAGAAAGAAUUGGCCAAUUUUGAGAUAGAAAAAGUGAAAGAUUUUAGAAACAGUCUGGAAAUUUUCCUCGAAUCCGCUAUCGAAUCCCAAAAAGAAUGCAUCGAACUGUGGGAAACUUUCUACCAGAACAACCUGUAA